AUGGCAACUUUCCUCAAAAAGCCUCUCAAGUUAGCGCUGGUCCAGCUGGCAUCAGGUGCGGACAAGUCCAUCAAUUUGUCCCAUGCACGAAGCAAGGUUCUCGAGGCCGCUCAAGCGGGCGCACGUUUGAUCGUUCUCCCCGAAUGCUUCAACUCACCCUACGGCACGCAAUACUUUCCCAAAUACGCAGAGACUCUCCAUCCCUCCCCACCAUCCAAAGAGCAAUCUCCCUCCUUCCAUGCCUUGUCAGCUAUCGCCGCCGAGGCAAAUGCCUAUGUGAUCGGUGGUAGUAUCCCCGAAUUGGAGCCAGAGUCCAAGAAGUACUACAACACGUCUUUGGUCUUCUCCCCGUCGGGAUCUCUUAUCGGCACUCAUCGCAAGACGCAUCUCUUCGACAUCGAUAUCCCGGGAAAGAUCAGGUUCAAAGAGAGUGAGGUCCUGUCGCCUGGGAACUCAUUGACAAUCAUCGACUUGCCCGAGUACGGCAAGAUCGGGUUGGCCAUCUGUUACGAUAUUCGGUUCCCGGAGUCUGCCAUGAUCGCCGCGCGCAAAGGCGCUUUUCUGCUGGUUUAUCCUGGCGCCUUCAACACCACCACGGGACCGCUACAUUGGUCUCUGUUGGGCCGAGCUCGGGCCGUGGAUAACCAGACAUAUGUGGCCCUGUGCAGCCCUUCCCGGGAUCUCGACGCAAGCUACCAUGCGUAUGGACACAGUUUGAUUGCCGACCCUAGUGCAGGCGUCUUGGCUGAAGCCGACGAGAAGGAGACGAUCAUCUAUGCCGAUUUGGACAACGAUACCAUUGUGAACACCCGAAAGAGCAUUCCCAUUUACACCCAGCGACGAUUUGAUGUAUACCCCGAUGUGAGCGGCGAAAGCACAAAAUAG